AGCUAAAUGUAUUACUUAUUAAUGAAUUCAGAUCUUAACGAGACAACAUGCCAUAUGAAGAUACUUGACCCAAGUCGCUCAUAGGGAUACUGCAGCCAAGCAAUCAAGAUGCGAGCUGCAACAAAAGUCCUGUUCGCAGUUAUUCACUGCUUCAGUGUUGCGACUGCUAAUGAGUUCAUGAAAGACCGACCGCCUCCAUGUGAUGGCCAGAUAUGCCCUUCGAACUCAAUUCAGUUCAGCAGGAUGAUGGGUACAGUUGCAAAGAUCGAAGUCACUCGUUCUUUGCUAGGCCAAUCAGCAUGGAAACAGCAUUCCCAUUACAUCAAGCCAUAUCCUAUGCCAUCACCGAAAGAUCACCAACUGCAUCAUUCAGAUAAACUAGCAGAUCCAAAGGAAUCUCUUGCAAAAUUCUAUCGCUAUAUUUCAGCAUUAGUCGAUGCUGGACGUGCCAUCCGUCAACAGCAAAACGAUGGCUCCACAUCUACGGAAUUUUACCACAGCACCCACUACUCAAGUCUAAAGCCCUCUCCUCCAGGAACACCGGGUCAUUACCAACCAGCAAAAGAAAGCUUUUUCCGAAUUGCCGAUUCGCUACUGAAUUUAUUGAUGAAAGAUGUCGGCUUUAGAGCACGGUCUUUGAAUGCCUCCAUGUCCAUAAGACCUACAGCAACUUUUGAAAAACCUAUCCGUGCUUCUCUCGCUUCAAUGGACAUUGACAAGACAGGGUCGGCAGAUAUUCAUACUGAAAAUCAAAAUAUGAUGAGGAAGUUCAUUUUACAUAUAGUCAAGAGUAAACUUCCAUCUAUAGAAUCUUUUAUGCUGCAAGAAAGGGUUGAUAUGAGAAACAUUUCCGCUUUGAAACAUUUAGUGAGCAAAAAUUUGACCAAGAUGGCAGAUAGCUACUUGAAGUUUCUCAAAAUGUUUUUGGAUUUCAGUAAAUCAUAUCCUUGUCCUGGAGUUUGUCAACGGAUUGAGGAAAUGGUUACCUUUUGCAAAAAGCAGCACAUUCGUUGUAAUCGGGAUUCAUCUCUUUCAUCGCUUCAACCAACUGUAAGCCUGCAUGAUGCUCCUGAAAAACCAUGUCCUUCGGGCACUCGAAGGUGUCCUUUUCAGCGUGAGUGUGAGGCUGAAUCGAGUCCUUGUAUUAAAGACAUGGACCUGUUUCUACAUACUCACCCCAGACCUACCGCAUCCAGCAAGGAGCCGUUGUCGUUCGCGUCAAGGACACCAAACAUGGGCCCGCAAAGACCAAUGGCCAACAACAGCAUGCUUGGGUUUGUGUGGAAAGAGGUUGCAAAAGUGAACUCUUCAAUGAAAUCCGAAGGCUUACAAAAGAUAUUUGAUGCAUUGCGUGAGCGGGUCUUGGGUGAAGGUCGAGGCGGGGAGCCAAAUAGAGAGCAGGAACAAAUGCCUGGCAAAUGUGCAAGAAUGUGCUCUCAGAGAAACAUGACAUUUUGUUGGUCGGAGAUGCGUUGCAAAAGAAUCGGUGAAAGAUGCAGCUCUAUGCACUUAGCGUUGAUGAUGAACCGAUCUGCCUUUGAAGAUCAAUCAAAAUGCCGUGAAGGAUUCUAUUGUCCUGUAUAUGGCAACUGCACCAGGAGCCCGGAAAGCUGCAAUCCAAGAAUAUUUAUGAAUAUCUCUUGUGACGAAGAAUGUAUGAGAGUUACUGGUGGUAAGGGAAGAGCCCCAAGCCCAGAAGAUGUCAAAAUUUUUAGACUCAAAUGCAAAGACGGUGAAAAAUAUUGCCCUAGAAAGUUUGGUUGUGUUUUAACUGCAGAAAGAUGCGACGCUGAUCCAAAGCUGGAGGUUCCAUUGGAAAUGGGUCAUGCAAAUGAAAAGAAGGUUUUCUGCAGAAUGCGAGAUCUUCUUUGUCCAAGAGUUUUCAAGCAUUGGAUGAGGAAUAAAAGAAUGUGUGAAUCGAAUAACGACAACAUAACCAUGACAAUAAAAGCGAGCCCAAAGCCAACAAUGGUGACCAGACCCACUCGUGGCUCUCCUAUAUCAGCCAGUUAUACAAAGCCCGUAACACAUUCGAACCAUAACUCCAAAGUACCUGGACUAAGAACCAGUCCUUCUUCGGCUCACAGACCAACACCACCGACAUCAACAGAAUCCAGUGGACAGAAUGAACCAUUUAUAACUUUGAAAGACUAUUUACCUCUUCGGAAUCAAAUCAAACUGCCAGGAAGAAGCAACUUUGUCGUCGUAGCAUCCAUGCCUUGUGGAUCAGCCUUCAAUUUCAAGCUACUCACUCGCAGCAGUAGAACUGGUGAAGAGGUAGUCAUGCCAGAAAUAAAAGCAGGAAACAGCCAGAUAAGGGGAGUUUUGCUGCCUUUAGAUGCUGUGCUAAGAUUCAGCCCAGUUGCAGAAAACUUCUACGGUGUAUGCAUCAUAAAAUAUUCAGUGUUUCUCGGAUCAAGGCCUAGGCUCCUGCAAGUUGCUGAAGUGGCCGCUGAGCAAAUGUAUGGGUCGAUAGCAUUGGUCGUUUUACCUAAAGUAUCCAAAGCUGAAGCUACUUUGUUACAAAAACGACAAAUUGUGGAGAUGAACGAAGACACCAAGAGCCCCCCGUGCUUCAAGAUCAGUGACAAGUUAAACGUUACAAAAGAUGCGUCUUUAGCAAGACAAGCUAUUCCUGCAGAAAUUGCAACGAAACUUGAUUCUAAGGUUUAUGAAAAAUAUAUCUCCCUACUGGCAGCUCAAAGGAGUGCAAGAAUGAGCAUAGCAGUGGUAAGCUGUGAAGGACAUCCUUGGAAAUUUGGCACAUGGAAAUACAGAGAUGGCCAAUCAAGAAUGCUGUCAUUUCCAAAAGAAUGUAGCAGAAAAAGACCUUUCAUUAUAGGCUUGGAAACCUGCAUUGCCUUUUAUCCAAGAGAGGAUUUUAACGGGAGACUACAUUUAGGCAUUUUGGGAGCUGUUACUCCAACAGAUAUCAAGAUAUCGUCCCCGAUACUUGGUGACAGAAUCGUGAAAAUUGAAGUGAAUGUAAAAGAACAGCCUGACGCUCCUGAAUUGUCGGUUGUGGACACCUGUCUUCCUUCUCUGCCCUUCGAUUUGCAAAGAUCUUCAAAUGCUGGGUUUCAAGUUGAAGAUAUCAUUAGAACUGGAAACACACGUUGUGGCAAUGCAGGCGGUAAAAAGGCGACCGGGGAGUCAUUGCUAAGGAAUGAUGGCAGGUUUGACCGAACCAAAGUUGGACUGGCAAUUAAACACGUGUCAGAGUGCGGGCAUUUAGGAUACUGGGAAUACAAAUUACCGGGCAGAUCCUUCGAAAGAGUCAAUAUUGCACAGGGUGGACUAGCUCUUUGCUUGAACUCAUCUAUGAAGAUCCGCUUUGUACCAGCCAACUACUCAAAGUUAUGGAGCAUUCAACAAGCAAUGGGUUGCUCAUGGAUCAAAGCCCGUGUCUGGAUGUCGCUGUCUCAUACCGAGUCCGGUUCUUGCAAUAUCUCUGGAGAUGCAAAUAGACUGUUUAGCCAGCAAGCUGUACAAAUGUCUGUGACAAGAAACGGCUGUGACGAUGUGCCAGGAUCUAUGAGGCAACCAGACGGCUGCGGAAGGUGUGGCAGCAAGAAAAUCUCAAACAUCCAUUGUCCUUGUGACGGUGUUCCUGCAUCGGGUGCUGUUUUGGAUGAAUGUGGUCGAUGCAGUGGUGGUACCACUAGGAGAGUAUUUCACAAACGAGAUUGUGCAAGAAAGUGCUAUGCAAAUGGAACUCAAAGUGAAAAUGUUGUUGAUGCUUGUGGCAGAUGUCAAAAAAGAUCGUUUGUAGGAAAAGACGCAAGGGAUUGCAACGGAGACUGUGUGUUUGGGAGAAGCAGAGCUUGCAUAAACAAGUGUGGCAUCUGUGUGGGUGGAAGAACGGGAAAACCACAUAACCAAGACAUCAACCACUGUGGAGUUUGCAAAGCCAAUGCCACCUCUGCGUGUGCAAAGAAACUUGAAUUGGUUAGUGAGAAGGAGGUAAAUUCUGAAUCAAAGUUUGAGAUCAAAAUGAAAGCAGUUGGAUUCUCGCGCUUCCAAUACUUGUCUUGUACCCUGGAGAAAUCUGGAGGGUCGCCGAGCGACAUCAUCCAAAUCGGCAAAGGACUAUCUCGACCCUUUAUACAACAGAAAAGGACACAACAGAGUGAUGAUUUGUGUGAAGAUCCAGUCAUUUCUGAGUACCAUGUUCAAAUCUAUACUUUUGUGAAACAAGUCGGUGAUUACACAAUGAAAUGCAAAAUCGAUGGCGAAGGAAGCGAUAUGGCCGUUGAUGGCGGAGUUUUGAAAGUGACGAGCAGCUCUUCUUCGGUGCAGGGAAUUUUUCCGUCAGAAAUCGACAGCUGUCAAAAUGGCUCUUUUGUUAUAAAGGGAUCUGGAUUCCAGAACUCUGUCAGUUUGGCUUGCGGUGCAUCGUGCGAGAGGUAUUGUGAUUUCAAGACCAAAGCAAGGUUUAUCAAUGAAUCAGCCAUUCAAUGCAGCAUAAUCAUAAGCAGCAACAGAAAAUCUUGUUAUGCUCAGAUGUUCAAUCUACAUGUUCUGAAGAGCUCGGCUGUGCGGCCACCGUCAUUUGCAAAAUCGUCGCCGACCGUAUCCGUACGCUGCCCACAACCCAGGGCAAUCUCGGCUGCAUUCUCUACCGGCAUGAGACGGCUGCUAAUCAAUCUUGAUAAACCAGCGUCUUUUGUUGCGGCAAGUCAAGGUGCAAGUCGGGAUAAAGGGAACGUGAGACCAAGCUGUGAGUCUUUUUUCCAUCAUACGACAGUCGAAAAGCUUGGCGGUUCACGCUGUCAACUGACGUACAAGAGGAUUAUCAUAAACAUCGCAGUUGGUUCAAUCUUGAUAUCGACAGCUAACGGCUCCAAGGUCCAGUUAACACUCAAUAGAGAAAAUUUGAAGUGCCUCAGGGAAGAACAGUAUUCUGUACUCAAAGGCGAAAGGUUGCAAAAAGUGGAUAUCAGUUUGCCGGGAACCAACAUCCAAGCAAAAAUAAGUGGCCAGUCGUCAAUCGGAACGUGCGAAAAGACAACUUUCAAUGGUAUAAAAUCUUCUGGAGCUGGUGGUGGAAAGCUGAAAUAUAGUUGGGAACUUCUGGAAAAGGAAAAUAGAAGCACUGUGGUCCAAGCAGAACAAAGAAGAUCUUGGUUCAAAGUAAACGGAAAGACGCUAAUUGCGAAUAAAGAAUACAUCCUUAAACUCUGCGUAAGAAAUGUAUUUGGCCAGCAAAACUGCAUGGAGAAAGAGAUCAGAACUAUUGAUAACCAUAAUUCUACAAUGUUGGUGAAAAUUUUAGGCGAUCAGCAAAGGAAACUAAAAGGAAUGAGAAGAUACCACUUAAAACCAAUCGCAAGAGUUAGCCAAUGUCAGACAGGAAAAAAGCCAACUUCAAUGAAUUUCUUGUGGGAAGUUAUUGGCCUAGACCAAAUAAUUGUAAAGAAUUAUGAAGGAAGAAAUCUGCUGGUCAAGCCGGGAGAUCUUGAGCCUGGAAAGAAUUACACAUUGAAAGUUGUUGCAAGGGCAACUUUGGAUUCAGGCAAAGUGUUGACGGGUGAAUCUUCAAUCAAAGUUGAAGUUGAUGGAUCACCUUUGAAAGCCAAGAUAAGAGGUGGAAAGAAAAUGACUAUUGGUUGUAAAGACAAAGCUGUGUUCGAUGGACGACCAUCAAUUGACCCUGAUGAAACAAGUCAGUCUGCGAGGUAUGCUUGGGAAUGUACAGAAGAAGGCGGAGAGCCAUGUUUUGAAAAAUCCAAUCCGACAAAAAGGCUUGUGCUGGAGGAGAAAAGUCGCAUUGAGUUGAAUGCUGACGAAAUUCUUGAAUGCAAAAAAAGCUAUGUGUUCAAAUUGACAUACUCCAAAGGUGAGAGGCAGAGUUCGUAUAGUGUAAAUGUGAAUUUAAAGCCCGGAGAGCCAGCAGAAGUGAAACUUGAUCAGAAAAGAAACAGAAAGAAGAUCAUCGUAAUAGGUUACAUCAAAACGACGACUACAGCGAACACAACUUGGAGCAGCAUUGAACAAGAAGGCUACACAAAACUGGACCUUUCUGACCAAAGCAUUGUCAGAUUAGUAGGUUCUGAGUUUGUUAAAGUCAGAGGACCCCGCCAGAAGACAUUCCGAAGGAAAUUUUUGGUAAUAGACAGCGAAUUUCUACCUGAAGGAGAGAAAUACCUAAUCCAGUUGAAUGCAACUAAUGAAGAUGGCUGGAGUACAGCACACAUUGUUGUUACAACACCGUCACCACCGACUAAAGGUGAGAUAAUUGUGGAGCCAGCUAAUGGAACAGCCUUGAAUACCAGUUUUACGAUUACUCCUGGUGAUGGCUGGGUACAAAAAGACGAAGAAGAAAUUAGAUACGAGAUUGGAUAUGAAAUGGAAACAUCUGAGGGGAAAAAAGAUGUAAUAUUGAGGCCGUUCUCGGAACAAAAUUUCAUUGAUGGAGUACAACUGCCCCCAGGAGAUAACGCUAGGAACAGCACUAUAAAGCUGUAUGUGAAGGCAAAGAAUAGCGAAGGAAUGACUGCAAAAGCAACUAUAGCAGUGAAGGUGAGACAGCCAGAAGCAAUCAGUUUAGAAAAAACAAAAGAUAUGCUGGACAUGGCUGACCAGGCAAUCAAAGAGAGAGACAUGUCAAAAGCAGUUGGACUCCUUGCUACAAUGGCAGAGACAGCCAAAUCUGUGACUAUGGAUUCACCCAGCGAUACCUCAAUCAACGAAGAUCUCACUAAACAGGUAUCAUCCAUAUUGGAACAAAGUCCUUCAGAUGAAACAAGACAAGCUGCAUUGACUGUUUUAGAAUCAACGACACUCCCAAAGGAAGGAGUGGAAUUAAAAGGAGAGACCAAAGAAAGCAUUGGUGCUCAAAUUAGCAGGGUGUUUGUCACAAGAGAGAAAGUCAAUGAGCCAUCUACAUCUAGAAGACGUAGAAGGAGCGCCGAGCAAGGCACGCAAUCCCAAGAGACAUUUACUGCAAAGACGAAAGAAGAGGUCGAUUCAACAAUGACCAUUUUUGAUAAUUUAAUUGAUGAGCACACAUCAGGAAGCUAUCAAGAUAAUUUGAAAGACAACUUCACCACUACUGUGCCUCAAUUGCUGCGGUCUCUUUGUGCUGGUACAGUGACAACUGGCGACUAUCUCGUUUCCAAGAGUAAUCUCUCAACCAUACGAGCAAACCGGCUUCCGGGAUUCACGUUCGAUUCAGAACACGUGAAUGUGAGCCAUAACGAUAUUGGUCCACAAGUGCUCCUUGGUUCUCACUUCAAGAAGAUUUAUGAAAGUUGGAAUUGCUCUAAGAGCGGUCUGCAGUGUACUGAGGUCUGCGCCGCAUCAGUAUCGUACCACUACAACAUGUUUCCAGGCGAAUUUGCAGGCAGAAUCUCAGACGUCGUAAAGAUAAUGUUGAUCAACCCUGAGAGCUACGAAAUUCAGAAACACGAAACAAUUUCACCUGCAGUCCUGUUCAAGAUGACCCUAAAGGAAGUCCCAGAUGACCAACAUUAUGUAGAGUGCAGAGCAUGGAAUGCAGCCGGUUCAAACUGGACUAAAGAUGGAUGCGCUACUUGGUAUAAAAGUGGAAAUACAGCAACAUGUAACUGCACCAAGUUGAAAACAGUUGCUGUUUUUAAGGUUCAAUUGCCCGUUGUCACCACUUUCUUUCCACCCACUACAAUACCAGAUUCAUCGCCUACACAAUCAAUGCAUCGCAAUGGUUCACAGUAUAUAUCUAGCAACGAGACAAACAGACCAACGAAUCCACGAACCCGCUCAAAUCCGUCUCCAAUUCAAACCACAGGAAAAGUUGAUGUUCAGCUUCCAAUUGUGGUAUCAUUCAAAUUCCCUGUGGAUUUCGAAGCUUUCAGUAACAAAGUUGAUGAUCUGAAGAAAGCAAUCGUCGAUAUGCUGUCCAUGAAACUGAAGAUAUCUAAGAUGCGUAUUGCCAACUUGGAAGUAAGAGCCGGAAGCAUAAUUGUCACGUUUACUCUUCUUAACAAUACUUACCAUAACAGUGAAGGCAAUAUAAACGAAGUCAAGAGUUUAUUGGUUUCAAUGGCAAAUAAUGGAACACUCAACUUGGUUUUUGACGGGAAAAGUUUAGUAGCAGAGGGUGCAAGCCUCAAAUUUACAAGCCCUGCCGUCACGCAAGCACCAACUCCCAGUAGCAAGCAGGAAACUUCCAGUAAAACUAUUAUCAUUGUAGCUGUAGUUUCAUCUAUUGUGCUGGUUGUGGCUGUGUUCAUCUUAAUAGGGUGCUACAUGAAGAACAGACAAAAUAACCAAAAAACAGAUCAAUUUGCAAAAUCAAACAUACUCUUUGCUGAUAACAUAAAGCUGCAGGAGCGGGAUCCAUCUCCAGAGUCAAUGGGCACUGAUAACCAGAGGUUCUUGAGCAGUCCAAACGAAUUCAAGAGCUCUUUUGAAAACCCCGUUGCAACUAGCCCUUCUCCUGAAGAACCUCGUGUUGUAACCCCGAUGAGAGAUGGGCCUCCUGCUUCGGAUAGAUCCAGUGCUGGCACACCAGGUGCAAUGGUUUCAGUUGGGAUUGGCUCAUCUGCAUCUCUAAAGAAGUCCUUGUUCAACACAUGAAGCAUUUAAGCUGAGGGAAAAGACCCUGGUUUAUUUAGUAGCAUAUCAAGAUUUUGUAAAAUAGAUGCACUAAACCUUAACUAAAAAUAGGUUUUAAGUAGUAAAGAGCACAUGAAAAACCUACAAAAGUCUGCAACAUACUUCUAAGCAACAGUCACAUUUAUUGCGAUAUUUUGCAAGCAGCUUGAACAUUUUAAAUUUCACACACUAGCUAGUUAAAAGUCUUUUUCGGUAUAAAAGUAGCUGCAUCUUUCUGUUAAUAAAUUCUAGCAUUUAAGUUAUGUAGCGAUUUUGAAGUGUGAAUUCAGGGCCGGUGAAACGUGUUUCACAGUACAGGGGCCAAAGUGGUAAACUAUGGAAAGUACUAGAAAAAGUCACCUGGAUUGACAGCAUGAUAAAUUUUAGAAGCAUGGUAUUCAAAAGAUGGCCAGAAACUACAAUGGCUCUCUAAUAGUUUUGAUCAAGAAUAGUUCUAGGUAGUUUUUCAAGCCUUCAAGCCCACUAUGUCCCAAAAUUUUAUGUAUUUUAAUAUUGAAAUGAAAUAGGAGAAGUCUUGUCAAGUUUUAUAAUAACCUUUAUAUUGGAGCGAGUAAAAUAAUUUUUUGCAUGAAAUGAAAAUAAGAUGAUGAUGAGAAAUGAAGAAAACAGAGUUUAGCAAUAAAAAACAUGAAAAUAGAAAUAUCAACAGAAAAACUUCAUCGACUAGAAAUGAAAGAUUAAGCAAUUUUGUAAAGUUUGGGAAUUAUUUUGUAGAAUCUCAUUGCAAAAGUUUUAAGGAAUAAAUUGCCUUCUAAUAAAAACCAAAAAUUUUCAGACUGGGCUCGUCAAUACGAAUUUCAAUAGAAUUUAACACUUUGGCUAGAUUUUAACAAUGAAUACUUCGAUUUUAGGGUUAAGACAAGGAAGAAUAGUAUUAUUUGAGCUUGCUUAAUUCUCCCUCUACUACAAAUGUUUCAAGAUUUGCAUUUGCUCUUUUUUGGCAGUACAGGAUCAUCAAUAAAAUCAGACUCUGAUGCUUUCUUCACGGUACUUCACGGUACGGUACUUUCAAAGAAAAAUCUGCCAAUUCUUUGUUUCUCAAGUUCUCAAAACUAUUUUCGGGCGACCUUUUUGAACAGCGAAAAACAUGGAUUCAGCUCUUCAAUAUGGACCCUUCCUCGCCUAAAACAGUUUAUAAUAGACCUAUUUGUUGUAUACUAUACUUUUUACUGUAAUAUCUAGUGGUUCUCUCUUUCUGAGCUUUCUGAGUGAUUUUAGAAAGAUAUUCUCUCUUUCUGAAACGUUUUUGAGGGUUUUAGGCCAUAGAAAUAACGAAACCUUGUCAUAUGGCAUUUGGAACAAGUUAUUCAAAAUCAGUUUCUUUAGAAAUUCCUAGAAGAAAAAACUUCGCAAAGAUUGUACAGUUGUUUGUAACUGGCCAUCAAAUUUUUAAAGAUGUUAAAGAACUUGAAGAAUGAUUCAGUUUGCUCAAUCAAAUUAAAAACUAUGGGCAAAGAACUUUUAAGCACAAUAAAUUACAGAAUGGUACACGAAAUUUCUUUCUGCUUUUGCCUGAAAAUUUUAUUUUGCUCUGAAGGAAAGUGGCUUUCCGGUCCCCCGGCACCCAACACCAUUUUUCCGGCUCUGCAAUUAGUUUUGUAGACAAAGGUUGGUUAACUUAUUUUGUAAUCGAUAAAAAUUUGACAUUUGAAACUGGUUUUCGGUCACA